GAAAGCCUCUCCCGAUCUUUUUCUCCCCCUCUAUGUAUGGCAAUGUUGAAAUUGUCACUCGCUUUCCAUGUUCUUGCAUUCGUCCUCUUCUUGUGUUUCACUAUGAGCACUGGAUCAUAUCAAUAUUUUCAGUUUGUGCAACAAUGGCCACCAACCACCUGCGCAGUUAGCAAACAACCUUGCUACCAAAACCCGCCCUCAAUUUUCACCAUCCAUGGCCUAUGGCCAAGUAAUUAUUCCAAAAAGGCUUGGGUGGCGAAUUGCACUCGGACGCGAUUUAACAAUAGUUUGGCUCCUAAAUUGGAAGCCAAACUGAAGAUAUCUUGGCCCAACGUCGAAAAUGCCAAUUAUACAGAGUUUUGGGAACGUGAAUGGAACAAACACGGCACAUGUUCCGAGCAAACACUUGACCAAGAAGAAUACUUCCAGCGAUCCCACGAUAUUUGGAACGCAUACAAUAUCACAAAUAUUCUUAAAAAAGCUAAUAUCCUACCAAAUGGGGCAAUAUGGAACUACUCAGACAUAGUAUCACCAAUUAAAACAGUUACUCGCAAAAUGCCCGCCCUUCGUUGCAAGCCUGAUCCAACAAAGCCUAAAAACCAUAAGAUCUCUCAUCAGCUGUUACAUGAAGUGGUCCUUUGUCUGCAUUAUAAGGGAAGAGCUCUGAUAGACUGUAAUCGCACAGCAUGCGACAAUAAUCUUAAGAUCUUGUUUCAAUAAAUUAUAGUCAAGUAUGACACUGCUGUAAUAAAAACAAAAGGGAGGAUUCUUACUUUGAAAUUUAGGAA